AGAAAAAGAAAAUCUACAAACAAGCAACAAGGCUCAGGAAAUAACUUUACCUGAUAAACCCUCUAAUAGUAAAUUAAAUAUAGAUAUAGCUAGUUGGUUCAAAGAUCUAAAACAAGAAUACUCAGCUAGGAAGUUAUUCUGUAUAGUAAAUAACUUCAAAAAUACUUUUCUAGACUUCAAUGAAAAAUCAGAAAAUUCUACAGAAAUAGAAAUAGAAAAUUAUGGAAAGCUUACUAAAGAGAAAUAG